AUGUGGUUUUGUCCUUUGGAUGGAACUCUGCUUCAAGUUCGCCACGUGGAACACUCUGCGGAACAAGAACCAUCAGGACACUUUUACUGUGUGACUUGCCCCUACUCUUGUCCCAUCAAGUCUACGGUAGCCAGAAAGACAUUUCCUUUUCGAAAGGCCAUCGAUGAUAUCUUGGGAGGAGCUGAAGCUUGGGAUAAUGUGGAUCGAACCAAAGAGAACUGCCCCAAGUGCAACCAUUCAGAAGCCUACUUUAUGCAAAUACAGAUCCGAUCCGCUGAUGAGCCCAUGUCGGUCUUUUACAAGUGUGUGAAUUGCGGCCACCAAUGGAAUGAAAAAUAG